GGCUUCAUAAUGAAUCUAUGUGAUGGAUGACUGCAGCAGCAGAAACUUUAAGCCUUUGAAUCACACAGGACCUGUUUAGAAAUCUACCGUCGGACAUGUGCUUCUGUACAUGUGUGUGCAGUGCUGUAGGGUCACGAGAAUGGGGAAAACACCUUCCAAGGAGAAAACACACAUGCACUCAUGCAUCUGCACAACACACGCAUACAGAGCUGCUUGCUGAGUGGUGAGAGAACAAGCUCAUGCUGUGUGGGACAAACUUGGAUGGAAACUUUUCCCAAACUUAAGUGUUCCAAUGGCUUGAAUUGGAAGAAAAACAACCCGAGUAAGAGGCGAGAGGAGUCCACCAUAUCUCUGCCACAUAAUUUGUGAAGUAUUAACAUGGGAUGAGCUCCUCACAUCAGUAAGUUAAGCUGUGUUCUAGUGUAUCCUGACUAAGACCCAAAUCAAACCCUGGCCUGUGAGCUUGGAGCCCGAACCCUGGAAGGCCAGGGGUGUCAGCGGGGAGAAGAUGCGAUGCACCACACUCACCACCCUGCUGACCGGGGUCAUGCUGUACCUGGGAAUGGGAGCACUUGUUUUUGUCACCCUGGAGACCCCUAAGGAGAGUGCAGCACAUGAACAUUUACUAAGGACCAAGCAAGACUUUCUCAUUAAUAAUUCCUGCGUCACAGAGUUGGACUUCCACAGGCUUGUGAAGGAAGUGGCAUCCGCAGUAGAUGCAGGUCUGGAUAUGAGCAGCCUUCCUGGCAACUUGACCACCCGCUGGGACUGGGCCUCUGCCUUCUUCUUCUGUGGUACCAUCAUCACUACCAUAGGCUUUGGGAACCUGUCACCUCGGACAUGGUUCGGACAGUUGUUCUGUGUGUGCUAUGCCCUGGUGGGCAUCCCCAUGUUUGGCAUACUGCUUGCUGGAGUGGGGGACCACAUGGGCACUGUACUACGGAGAGCUGUGGCCAAGAUUGAGACCCUCUUUUUGGUGAGAAUGAAACGUAAGGUCCGGCCCACGACUGUGCGUGUGAUCUCAGCAGUUCUCUCCAUCCUGAUUGGCUGUUUAAUCUUCCUUGCCGUGCCAACAAUUGUGUUUCAGAAAGUAGAAAAUUGGUCAUUUCUGGAGUCGCUGUAUUUUGUGGUCAUCACUCUCACAACUGUUGGCUUUGGAGAUUAUGUGCCAGGAGGAGCUUAUGAGGGUGGCAACUUCUUUAAGCCUCUGGUGUUGUUGUGGAUAGUGUUUGGGCUUGCCUACUUUGCUUCCAUUCUCACUAUGAUAGGCAACUGGCUGAGGGUGCUGUCUAAGAGGACUCGUGCUGAGAUGGAAGAGUUGAGGGCCCAUGCCACAGACUGGACUCAGAACAUGUCCAUGGACUUCCGGAUCCCAAACCCGCUGGAAUUCAAUGACCCUUUCCUUCUGCAGCGGCGGCGUUGGAAACGCAGUGAGCGUCGUCGCAUCCGCCGGGGGGCCCAGUGUACUCUGGGACACUGGGUUCGAGGGGGGUCUGAGAAUGGACACUUGCCAAAUCGCUGGACUGGCCUCUCCAGCUCCAUGAGCCAGCUGGAGGCUCACUCAUCUCUAGAGAGGGCUGCUGCUGCCAAGACCAGGCCACGGAUGAGUGUAGCUGGAGGGCCAACAAUCCCAAUAACAGUGCAAAGGAUCAGGACUGACCCUCCUGUUAGUGUACAGAGACAGAGUAAGUCCUUUCAUCACCUUUUGGCCCGCUCAUUCUCCCUCCCUGUGGCCCGCUCCACCUCCGAGCUGGAUUCAGCAGGCGCAGCCAUGCAGGAGGGGUCCCUGUCUGGGUCUGAGUCUGCAUUUGACUCCAGGUCAGAUGGCUCCUCACUGUCCUUGUCAUUCUCAGCACCUCACAAGCUCCAGCCUUGCAGUACCAUCAACAACAUAGAGGAAGGAGAAAUGAGAGUGGCACAAUUGAAUGCAGCACAAGAGAUAGAAAAACUGCUUCUGGCAAAGAACACUGAAUCUUUAGCAAACAGUGGCCACAAUCUCACACCUUCCCCUAGCCUUCUCCCUCUUCCCCCUUCACCCCUUCUAGUCCUUCCAUCCUCCUCUCAUGACACCCCCACCUCCUCCCCAGGCUGUGAGCUGCUGGAUUUCUUUGGAGAAAAUCUGGCAUAUAUUGACGAGUCCUCAGACACACUGAGUGACCGGACCCAGGCAGCAGCAAGCGAGGAGAAGAGAAGGCGGCCUCAUAAACCCAAGAGAAGGAGUAUGAGAAGGCAGCUGUCACACAGGUGGAGUCCUCAACAGUUGAGGAGGCCCAGCAGUGACUUGCAGCCACCAUCCAAUCCUCCAACACCACCCCCAGACUCCUUUCCCUCAGACCUGCCUUCAUCGGAGAUCCAGACAGAUUCAGCUCCUGCUCUUUGACGACCACCACACUCGCAGCACCGUGCCAAAGUCCAUAUGACAGAACUGAACAGCUCGCAGUGCUGUGGUUUUACAGCAGACUUAUCACUAUCAGCAAGUAGAAGAUCCACGCCUCAUGAAAUAACACCAUCAUGGUUUUCCAAGAUGUUGUAAUAUGAGACAUCAGACUCAGAAAAUCAGCUCAGAAAUUUAGCUUUGUUAGUUUGUGGCCAAAGCUAAGCUAACCUAACCAGUCACUGCUGGCAUGAUCAAACAGAAUCUUUUUUUUAAAUCUUCUUCACAAAGAGGGAAUCAGGCUCACUUUUAAAAUAGACCACACCUGGUGUGGUCAACAACUAAUCACAAGUUUCAGGGGUUUCAGGAGCCAGUUAAGCCAUUAUCCAGCUAUCGUCACAUGUAAUUUAAUCUUAUCUAAUCUGUUUUUAUUUUAAGCCAGUUUCUAUUAGAUGUAUUUAGCACUGAACCACAGAUGUAAACUGGCUAUAGAGGAUCUUAAGUGACUGAGCAGUGCAGGGUUUUACAGCUGUAUUCAACCACUAUGCUUAAAACAGAAAAAAUACAACUAAGCAAAUAACACAAGUAAAAACAAAUGCGAUUAAAAGGGAGAUCAGAGACAUAUUGUGUACAGUAAAUCAAAUAUCUUUUAAGUGUGAUUGUUACUUAGGACAUGUGUAAAAGCCAAAUUGAUCACAACAGAACGUGCCUGGACCUGGAAGGGAGACCACCCUAAAUUAAGGGGGAAAAAACUUAGAGGAAAACCUUGCAUUAGGUAGAGAACCUUAUCUGCAAGAGCACUACAAGAAUAAAAAAAAAUACACAGUAUGUCAUCUAUGCAAUCCUGUCUUCAGUAGCCUUUUAAGACUAAGGUUGUUCAAUAAUUCGAAGAAUAAAGAAAAGUGAGUCACUUUUUCCUUUAAAGGUGCUUUGAUUUGCUGAUUCACAAAACUGGUGUUUAAUAUUUUCAAAGGUUAAUAAAGGAAAAAAGAAAGAAGAGGAAAAAUCAGAUAGGAAUCUUUGAGCUCUUGCCUCCAGCAUAAAUAGGUCUUAAGUUACCAUAGCACGGGUAUGGCAAGUUAUUUGCAAGUUUACGGCGUGUUCUAUCUAUGAGCCUAUUAUUAUUAAAUAACCUGAAAUCACUUCUGGCUUAUAAAUUUUUCUCUUUGUUAUUUUUACAUUUCAAAUAGUGACAUGUUGAACAGUAGAAACAGCAAACAUUUAAAAGCUGGUACACAAUAUCUGAUCCACUGUACAGCAGCAGAUAUGAUAUAAUCUGAUCCUUGAGAGUCCUAAAUGAAUUCAGCUGUUGGUAAAUCAGGAUAAACAGUCAGUUCCUGGAUAAUCUAAAGCAGGAACUACUACACAAAGCUGUUGUGGCAUUAUGCCCUUCACCAAGGCCAGAAAAAGUAACUGGCUGAGCCCACACUCAGAUCCAGACUCCCACAUAUUUUGUCACUUGUUGACAGAAGACUGGAAGGAGUAAAAGAUGGCUCACAGUGGUGUGCUGAGGUUGACUCAUCGGCAAUAUUUUCUGUAAAAACCCUGGCCUAUGAAGAAUGGGUUUACUGUUCCUGUUUCUUUUCAUUCUUCUUAUUAAAUAAAAGAAAAAGGAGAGAGUGAGGAAGUUUCCUUGAACAUUUGCAAGUAACAGUUAUUACGAAUCUAAGAUCGAAGUUAAAACUAAAGCAACAUCUAUGAUGUGUGAUGAAAAAUACCUAUGUACUAUCCACCUGAAAUAAACAAUUCAAAUGGUUUGGAGGGGAUGGACCACUCUGGACCACUGGAGAGCACCUGAGUCUGAGUAGCAUGUAAAAAAACAGACUAAGGGACAAGCAGAAGUUAGUGAAAUGCACUGUAGUUACAACAAUAACAGAAGCUCUAGGCAAGCGAAUAUUACCAUCACUACCAACCCCUCUCAUAAAAAAUAAAAACAGGUUCAUCAGCAAAGAUACAAUUAUAAUAAAAAAAGUAAAUCUUGGUAUUGCUUAAGGACUUAAAAUGGAUGCAGAACGUUUCUUCUUGAUUGUUAAUUUGAAAAAAUUUUUUUGUUAACAUUGUGCAGCUAUUGUUGUAGCUAUAAGUUUUCUAAGCUAAUAUUGUGGUGUCGACCGACGGGUAUUAAAGCGAAAUUACUAAACUUUG